GCGCGCGUGGAACUGGCGGAAGGCAGCAGGUGGGACUCCCUGCAGCUCGGUCCGAGGAGGGAGAGGAGGAUGUCGGUGCAGGCGUGGGACAAGGAGUAUGAAGACAGGGGGAGCACAGAGCCCGCCUACUCCAUCGCCAGCUCCUACAACUUCGACGUGGACGCGGACCUGAAGGCCUCGGCCCGGGCGCAGGAGUUGGACUUGGGGCGCCAGGAGGGCAGCGAAUACUCGGACGUGGCCCCGAACUGCUUCCGCUCCGACGUGCCCCACGUGGUGCCUUGGAAGCUGAUCGUGUCCCUGGCCUUCCCGCCACAGCUGAGUCACCGAGUAAAAUACACGAAACUGAUUGAAAAAUACAGGAAACACCCCCGACUGGAAACCUCUGCGGUGAGGGCGUAUCGCUUCUGCCACAUCGAGUACCACCUGCUGCCCGAUGACACUGAACCCAAGAAAGUCGACGUGGUGAUCUUCCCAGCCAUGGCCAAAGUAUUCCUGGAGUCAGGAGUGAAGAUUGUGAAGCUGUGGGAAGAAGGAGACAGGGUCUGGGUGUCGUGGACUCAGACUUUUAACAUCAACGUCACCAAGGAAUUGCUGAAGAAAAUGUGUGCCCACAAAAUAACCCUGAAGCUGUGGAACACCAAGGACAGGGUCCCCAAGAAGAUCAGGUACGGGCUGAAGACUGCCGGCUCUCUGGACGACGUAGCAUCUGUCGAGGAAGUGCGACGUUUGGUUUUAAGUCAGAGGAGCCUGUCUGAGCUGGGCUUGGAGAAAGCCAACUCCAUUAAAACAGAGUGGGACCAGGAGGAGUCAGUGGAGAAGCCCGACAAGGCGGAGAAGCAGGACAAGAUGGAGAAGCCCGACAAGGCGGAGAAGCACUCCAAGCAGCCGUACCCACACCGACACAAUUCUCGCCAGACAGACACUGAAACUUCUCCCAAGAGCAGCGAGGAACAAGAGAAGUCAGCCCCAAGGGGGAAUAAUUCAAAAGUGCAAACGACGCCCUUGGCCGAGGCGACCAUGCUGGAGAUCAAUGACAUAAUCGAGAGAUCUUCGUUCAGCAACUUAGACAGGCAGAAGUCGCAAGCUAAAGGGAAGGAUUCCGAAGGACAAAAGAAAAGCCCAAAGAGGAAGACUCAUCCCGGGGUGGAGGAGGAAGGCAGCCGGAAGCUGCUGGGCCCCUGGCGGCAGAGCGCCUUCUCCCUGCAGCUGGCUGUCAUGCCACUCCUGGCCGGACGGCAGACCGUCAUGAGCCGCAGCAGCGAGAAGUCAGCCCACAUCCUGGACUGUCUGCUGACGCUGCGGGCGGAAGUCCCCCUCAUGACCGAGGAGCAGAAGCAGGACUUGAACCCCCUGAUCAUAAAGAUCGAGUGUGCGUCCUGCCUGCCGGCACAGCCCGUGCCCAUCCACGAGCUGGAGAGGCUCUGCAUGCCUGUGUACUGCAAGUAUCAGUUCCAUGAUGCCCCGGUUCACAAGACUGAGGGGGAGCCCCAUGCCCCCCGCGUUCACUUCCAGGACAUCAACGUUGUCUUCCUCGGCGGGAUGCACCCCGGUGACCUGAGGGAGUACCUGGAAGGCCCCCCCAUGGUGGUGGAAGUUCAUGACCGUGACCGCAAGUCCGAGGACUACUUGCAGAAGCCCAGCGUGUUUGGGGAGGAUCCCCUGGAUAUGUUCCUCAACCUGCCUGCUGUGAUCUCCCCUAAGGAGACGGAGGCCAAUCCUCUGAAAUCCAGGCACAAGCUGUGGGACCCGUACGGGGUGGCCCAGGUCAGUUUUGCUGACCUCCUUCUGGGCCACAGGUUCCUGGACCUGGAUGUGCCAAUCCACAGCUGUGAGCCCAAGCUCAUAGACCCCAUGGAAGACAGCAGCCUCAGGAAGGUUGGGGGCUUCCGGGUCCCCAAAGAUGGCCUCCACCGUGGCCCAAUGCCCAUGGGCAACUACCUGGACGCUGGAUCCCAGCUGAAGCUUCGGGUGGACAUCACGGUGCCACUCAGGGCUGGGACCGCUGACCCCGACCUCCAGGGCUCUCAGUUCGGCCGCAUCGUCAUCCUGUUUGACCACAGGAAGACACUCCUGCUGCAUAGUGUGCUCCAGGACAUCACCGUGAUUAAUGCCCAGGCCCUGGAGCUGGGCUCCUGCCCCAUCAGGAACACCCAGCAGAUCCUGUCCACCUUCAGGAUGCGGGUGAAGAUCCAGGAGCAGCAGCAGCUGAACGUGCUCACCGGCUUCCACCUGCUGGACGGCGAGCUCCACCUCUUCGUUCUGGAAGGCUUGGCCGACCAGGGCUUGAGGCAGCUGUGGGAGAACCUUCAGCACCUAAUUCCCGAGACAGAGAAGGGAAGACACAAGGUGCUGUACAACUCCAAGCUGCGCUUCCGCUGCCGCCUCUACGGGGACCUGGACACCCUGCUGUGCCGGGUGCACCUCUUCAAGCCCAUGUCGCAGCUCAUGCGGCAGGCGGCGCUCUACCUGCGUCGCCAGGUGCCCAGGAGUGUCUUCCGGGCGCUGGCCAGGAUCUAUGACAUCUGCUAUAACAGCACCAGGCUCAGGGACGUGAUUGUGGGUGACCUGCUGCCCUCCUCGGCCAUGAUCAGAGACCUGAGCCAGGAGUUUGGGAUCCCCAUCACCCAAGAAGGAUUCUCAGAGGAGGCGCUGUUGGCCACACCGCCCCAGCCCAGCCCCAAUCUGGAACACUUCCGGAACCGGACCUCCACACUCUCCACCGAGAUCCACGCCCACCAGCGGAAGUACCUGCAGUGGCGGAACGCGGUGCUGCUGCAGAAGGAAGGCCACAAGCUCAGCCUGAUCCAGAAAAACAUCCAGGAAGUUCACCAAGCCGGCAAGAGGCCCCCAAAGUCGGCAGUGAAGGUGAUCAGAAUUUCUGCUCCGGCCAACCACGCUGUCUACAACUACAGCACUCAGACCCUGAACUCCACCCAGCUUGCCAAGAAGGAGCUGUACAAGGAGAUGGCCAAGGAGCCAGGAAGGAGGUUCACGUACUCCCAGAAUUACCUCUCAGCCAUGGUGGAGCCUCAGGACUCGGAGGAGGAGAAGAAGCAAGCCGAGCAGCGGUCCCGCCAGGCCUGGCUCACGGCCGGUGGCUUCCAGGUGACAGGCCUGCAGAGCGGCCCCGCCGGCCAGUCCGAGAGCCUCAGGCUGCCCCCCAUCAGAGAGCUGGAUGAGGAGUGGAUGGAGUGUGCACUGUUCGCCAACGUGCUGAAGCCCGUGUUGGAUCGCGACAGAUGGAGCUGGGACCAGCGCCACCUAGACUUCGACCUGUACAAGAAGCCACCGCCUUUCUUCCAGCUGCCCCCACCUGUAGCACUGGAGCCUGCGACAGGCAGAAGAUGACCAGGAGCAGCAGAGGCCCUCGGCAGCCCCAAGCACCUGCCUGGCUUUUCCUGCAUGCAGCAGCCUGGGCCUCACCCUCCCAGGGACCAGCACUGGACAUCACAGCCUUGACUCGCGUCGUCCCUGCCUCCCGGGACCCCCUGCAGGGCCGCAGCACCCAGGGACCCCCUCCUUCCCACCCUCAACUGCAUUAAAGUGCUUGUGGGACAUCCCU